AUGGGAGCACUGUUCUCGAAGCGCAAAGCCGUUACCGAUGUCGAUAAGGCGAUACUGUCGCUGCGAACGCAGAAGCGGAAGCUAGCGGAGUAUCAGAAGAAGGUCGGUGCAGUUAUCGAGCGGGAGCAGGAGGUGGUGCGGCAGAUGAUCAAGGAGGGCAAGAAGGACCGCGCGCUGCUGGCGCUCAAGAAGAAGAAGCUUCAGACGGACGCGCUCGCGAAAUCAGACGCGUGGGUGCUGCGGGUCGAACAGCAGCUCGCAGACAUCGAGAUUACGAGCCGGCAGGCUCAAGUGUUUGAGAGCCUGAAGGCGGGGCACAUGGCGAUCCAGGAGCUGCAGAAGGAGAUCAGCCUGGAGGACGUGGAGAAGCUAUUGGGGGAGUCGGAAGACGCCAAGGCGUUCCAAGACGAGGUGGCUGCCAUGCUGGCGGGUGCGCUGUCAGAGGAGGCUGAGCUGGAGGCUCUUGCUGAGCUGGAGGCACUGGAGACAGAGCUCGCAAUGAAGGAGGUAGAGGAGGAGCUGCCUGCCGUGCCUGAAGUGCCCAUGCUGCCCGAUGUGCCAAAGGAGCCGCCAGUUAAAGCCCCGGCUAAAGAGGAAGUGGAAGGGGAAGAAGGGGAGGGGGAGGAUGCCACAGCUGCUGCUGCUGUUGCUGAUGCUGAGGAUGGAGCAAGCAGAGAACGAGUGCCCGUGCUGCCAGACGUGUCCAAGGAGCCGCCAGUUAAAGCACCAGCUGCAGGGGAGGCAGAGGAGGAAGAGAGGGAGGGGGAGGAGGGUGAGGGUGCCACGGCUGCUGUUGAGGAUGGAGCGGGCGUGAGAACAAGGUGGGUGUGCUAG